AUGAAGUGCUUCAAGCCCUUGAACCGGGCAUUUCAAACAGCCACUACCUACCCCGUGCUUUCACAUCCCCUUCGCAGCACCUGCUACCUCCAACCACAGAAACUACCUCAAAAAGAGGAUCCCAUCCUCGAAAGGUGUAUCCUAAAUCCUGAACGUGCAGAAACUUGCCAAUCCGGCACGGACGACGAAGUUGGACGUCACAAAACCCCAUACGACCCGUCCAAAACAGCACCCGAGAAGGAGCACCUCGCGCUAGAGGAAGAAUACAGACUGGAAGGGGAUACCAUCCACGAUCCGCUUUUUGUCAGUCCGGCAAAUAGGGAUGUCAGUCAACCUGUGGAUCCGAUGGCUGGGGUUCAUGGUUUGCAACACUUGAGGAGUGUUAAGGGCUGGACUAGAAAGCAGAAGAAGGCGCUUCUGAGGACGGCACCGUACGAGAUGAGGAAAUACGAGAAUGUAUUUUCUGAAAUCAGGAAGCCUCAUCAAAAGGUGUCCUUUCUAGGUUGA